CGCUGAACGACGAUGACAUCACAUGAGUUGGGGUCGAAAAGUCAAUAAAUCUCUUUUCGAAUUUGUUAGUCGAACGGUCUAACUCAACUAAGUUCCGUUUGAACGUCAGCAAAAAAAUAUGCUAAGCAUUUUGUCUGAGCGAAGUUUCCAUGCCCCAAGAGGGUUUAGAAGCCGGUGUGCUUUCAGGAAAGCUCAGUGAAAUUUAUCUGUCUGUUAACAGAAAUGGCGCGAUCGCCUGGUGACAGGAAGAGCAAUUUGUAAACUGCCCCUGAUUGUGAAGAAUGGAAGAUUCUACAACGAGCAACGGACCGGAGGAAUUUUCUACAGAAGAAAGCGACGAGAAUGAAGUUUACUACAAACAAAAGUGUAAAUAUUUGGAAAGCCAACUCGAAAAGUUUCGAGAGCAGGCCACCAAAGUGCGCGAAGUCAUUAGUCAAAAGGUAUGCAUGUAAUUCAGUUCUGUUCAUUUUAUGUCGUGUUCACCUGAUAUUCUCAUUUUACGAAUUAUUUGCUUCUUUUGUUCUUGUGUGAAGGUGUAUUCACAGCCUUUUGAAAAGUUUUCCUUUUUUGUUUUGGUCGUAUUCUUCGCGGUUUCGGAUUCGUAUAAGCCUCGCUUUUAUCGGUAUUGGAAUCUCCUCAGCUCACUCGUCGCCGCGUGGAGGUGAUGUUUGUUUUCAAAUGAUUUUCAUGCAGCAAAACAACAAUACACUGAAAAUAUUUCAAAAUGUUUCAUCUGUGAAAAGUUUUGAGCAAUGUCUCCAACGUUUUCCUUUGAAGUGAAAGAAUCAUGAGGUUAAAAGAAGUUAACACCCAUGCGUUUCUCGGCGUCAAAACAUAACCGCCAUUCUCGUGAAGUGAAAUAUGAGAUAAAAUUCCACUUUCGAAGGAAACGAGGGUGUCAUCGCCAUAAUCAGCUGCUGACUCUAGGAAAUAUCAGGCCUUAGCUUAAUUCUUUUAUUUAAACAUGUAAGAACGGUUGGAAAAAUAUUUUUAACAUCGUUGAAUUAAAAAAUUAAUUCUGAUCAGCUGUUCAGCAGCCUUGUUGUCUGAUCUGCUUUCAGCCAUUCAAUUAUUGUUUCAGUUUUAACUUUAUCAACAAAUGUAGAAAUUGUAAAUUAAUCUUUACAGUAAAUUUAUGAUCAUAUGAAACAGCUGCUGUAAAAGUGUAAACUGUAGAAAUGCAAGUUACUCUUUAUGAUAAAAUAUUCUUGGCAUUUUUGAUAAAUACUUUUCAGACAAAUUUUAAUAAAUUUUUGGUUAAACUUUCUCCCAUUUUUCGGAUUCAUUGAUUAUUUACAAAAUCGAGCAAUCAGCGAGCUAUAGUUUAAUAAAAAUUUGUUUUGAUAAUAAACUAUGAAAUAGAAUGCAGCAAAUUUGCUCACUUUGUUUCUUCCUUUGAAAUGAAAUCACGAACCACAAGAAAUGUUAGACUGUCUGCUGAUGUCCGGCCACACGCUACUGUUUUGUGAAGUGUUUAGAUGUCGACAUUUCUGUAGUGUCAUUAAGUAAAACCCUUUACCAAGUAGUGACGUAUUUUGAUUAUGGCUAAGGUAAACACUGUUGUAAAAUAAUUGGUUUAGGUACACUUCUAAUCUUUACUUUUCAGAAGGGAAAGUGAAACAAACACCAAGUUUGUUGGACACAAAACUGUGCAAUUUUUUCCGGUUUGUGAAUAUUCGCUUGCCAUGUUGCUAAAAUUGGCUUUGUAUUUUGUAGUAUACAGUGUUUUCCUUAAAGGCAUAGCCAAGUGAAAUAAUUGUCUUACUAGUCUCCUGUUGUAGGCAUUGUGUAUCAAUAAGUUAAAUAUUUUAUAAAGCCAGUUUAAAUCUGAUGAUUUUUUAUGUGGCUCAUGGGACUUUGCUCUCCCUCAUCACACACUUUAUAGGUAUUCUCUUGUUUAAGUGGGAAUUUAUGAUUAUUUAUCUGUAAAAAAUUGGUCUGUUAGACAGAGGUUGGAGAAAGUCAUGUCUGGUCAUCCAGGACAUGUAGAGUUUCUUUUUGUGCAAGUAAUUUUUUAACCUCACUUGUCUAAUUAUAGGCAGACCACCCUCUGUUCAUGUGGCUAUUGUUGGUGUUGAAUCUGGGCAUUGGUCUUUUGUACUCAAUAGAAGAAAUACAGACAGGGCUUCUGAUAGGUCGCGGAAAAAAAGCUAAAUUUUGCGGGAUUUUCAGGAGCAAAUUCGCUAAAAAUCAGCUGAUUUCACAGGAUUUUCGCGGGAAAAAAGUCAAAAUUCGUGGAAAAAUUGGCCGAUUUCACGUGAUUUUUGCCGGGGAGAAGUCAAAAUUUGCAAAAAAAUAGGCUGAUUUUGCGGGAUUUUAGCGGGAAAAAAGUCAAAUUUCAAAGGAUUUUCAGGGGCAAAUUCUUAGAAAAAUCGGCCAAUUUCAUGGGAAAUUUGGGGGGAAACUUCACCAAGAAACAAUCAGUAAAAAACAGCCAAUUUUGCUGGAUUUUUUUUAGCAAAUUUCCCUUAAAUCGAUCAAUUUUGCGUCGAUAUGACCAGUGACCAGUGACCAGUGACCAGUGUUGUUUUUAACAUUUUUUUAACAGGGAUAAUCAUUUGCUCUUUCAACAACAGUUCGCACGAGAAAUGAGCGAAUGCUAAAGCUGUUAACUUUAUGGUUAGUGCCCAGUUUUUCGCAACGUUCAUCUAAAAACGUCUGGUAGUUUUGGGACGUUGUUUACUUGUUGCAGUGACAAAGUUUCAAGAUAAAUUUGGACGUUUAGGGUGAAUAAAACAGGUCUAAUAGCCAGGAUAAGUAUUAAAUAUGUUUUGCCAACAUGUAUUUGGAAAUAUUUCUGGUAGAUUUCGCAGUACAGUCUAACCUCUCCUUACGGACACCUCUAUAAUACGGACACCUCUCUAUUACGGACAGUUCGUUUGGUCCCAGAAGUGCCAAAAAUCAUACAUUCCCUACCUCUAUAAUGCCGACACCUCUGUAAAGCGGACUAUUGGUUCUGUCCCUUUGGUGUCCGUAUUAAAGAGGUUUGACUGUAUUUCGCAUUUUUUGGGGGAAUUUCGUGGGAUUUCGUGGAAAUACCUGAAUUUGGCAGGUCCGCGACCGCGCGAAAUAUCAGAAGCCCUGUACAGAUUAACAUUCUUUAGUUCUAAACUUCUGGUCAAAUAAUCAUCUCCCAAAAAAAUGCUUUUAACAGCUCAGGAUGAUGAAAAAACAUGACGGGUGACUAAGUUAACAUUUUGCUUGAAAUUUGUUUGAACAUUUUGGUUCAAAUCUGUAUUUUGGAAUAAAUUGUAGUGGCGGUAAUGUUCAUCUUAAUUUAUUUUAUCAAGUACAAAAAAGCGAUGCUCAGGUUUCAAUAAUGACAACAGCCCCAUGAACAGGGUGGUUUACCUGUGGUCCAAUAGGAAAGGGAUCAUGGAAGACAUCUGGUAACUGAAAAUUAGCUAAAGCAAGCAAGCAAUGGCUCUGGAAAAGCAAAAUGUGAGACUGCUGCUAGUCCCAAGGUCAACCUAUGAGUUAAGCUUUUUCAAGCCCUGUUACAAUAAAGACCACACUUCACUUUUCCCGACUAUUCAAAGCUUUUUACUUCUAUGUUACAUUUUUUUAAAUAUUGAGGAUCUCAAAGUUUUCAUAAUAAUAUUAUUAUGAUACAGAACCAUUCACAGUCCAAGAUGUUUUGGGUGCAUAGUCUUGUAAUAUUAGACACAGGAAAAAAUAACGGAUUCCCAUUUUUGGAUAUUUUUGGGUAUUUAAAGAAUACCCAUAAAAAUCCCAAAUUUGGCAUAGUGAGACAAGUCCCAACCAGGGAAUUCCCAACCAAGUUCCCUGAUUGGGACUUGUCUCACUCUUCCAAAUUUGGGAUUUUUGUGGGUAUUCUUUAAAUACCCAAAAAUAUCCAAAAAUGGGAAUCCGUUAUCUUUUCCUGUGAGAGUAGAAAAUCAAAUAAUUAUGAAACCUUUCAAGUGGAUACUCAAAAAUUUGUGCAAAAUGCAUAAAAAGGAUAUCAUUUUUUUUCUGAGUGGAAAUCUUUUUAAAAGUAGUUAUGCCCAGUCCUCUUCUCAGAAGAGAUCUCCUGUGGUUAGAUUCUCUUCUAAAUGACCAAGUUCAAUUAGCAACCACUUUGCAUUUGGGUGGUCACUAAAAGGAAGUUCGAUGAUAUACUCUGAAAUAAUGUUAUAAGUGACUCUGUUUUACCAAUGUCCCUUUGUGUGUGCAACAAAGGAAUUAGGAGACUAAUAGACAUACAUGUAGAACGUGCAUGCUACUGGAGUACAAUGUAGAUGACUCAUAUCAAUUUAUGAUCUUCUCUUGCACUGGCUGUUAUGCUUUUAUAAUUUUUUAUUAACCCAUUUGCUCCUAGAGAUGUUGCCGAAAAACGUGUUUUGAAGCUAGUUGAGUGGUUUUCUGGUCACUGUCGUGCUAUUAAGAGCUAAGACUUACCACAAACCCGCUUAGUGAGGUUGUACAUUUCACGGCCUUGUGAUUCAGAAACAAAAUAUAAGCGUAAGAAGUUUGGGCAUAUGCCGAAAGCAAAAUUUCGAAAGUGACACAGCAGUCUUGACUUUUACUUUUUGCUUUCUCUCCUCCCCUCUUUUUUACUUUUCUUGCGUCAUUUUUUUUCUCGUGCUGGGCAUUUUAGUAGGCUUCAUUUUGGUGGGAAAGGUUUUUAAGAAAGCUUUUAGGAUCUUAGGAUUAGGUGAAAGGAAAGGUAGCUGGGCAGUGGAACAAGAUUUUCAUAGAAAUUUUCAGGUCAAUGUUACAUGGAUUUUUGCCUUUUUUCCGGUGUCCUUGACUGAAUUGUGCUCAUUCUGGUUUGCUUUGAAAGAUCCCUUCACUCUGCACAAGUUAGCGGACAAAGUUGACCUUGACCGUCAAAACUGAUGAUGUCACAGGGGUAGAAAGGGUGUGGAUCGGCAUGGGUGGUUACAGGUGCCUCAGGGGCGAAUGGGUUAAAUAUAAACUCUUCUUUUCAUAGUCUGAAUUGUUGUGGCCAUUAUCUUUUUUGUCUUUAUUCAACCUAAGUAAUGAAGUGGUUACUCCACAGUCAAACUUUAUAAAACAAGGGAAGGAAAGAAAAACCAUUCAAUAAUAAAUAAUUUGGUUCAGCACUUGAGUGGUAUGGUAUUUGGGCUCUGACACAGCAGUCUUGACUUUUAUAUUUCCCUUUCUCUUCUACCCUCUUUUUUUGCUUUUCUUGCAUCAUUUCUUUUUAUCUUGCUGGGCAUUUAGUAGGCUUCAUUUUGGUGGAAAAAGUUUUCAAGAAAGCUUUUAGGAUCUUAGGAUUGGGUGAAAGGAAAGGUAGCUGGGCAGUGGAACAAGAUUUUCAUGGAAAUUUCAUGUCAAUGUUACAUGGUUUUUUGCCUUUUUUUCUGGUGUCCUUGACUGAAUUGUGCUCAUUCUGGUUUGCUUUGAAAGAUCCCUUCACUCUGCACAAGUAAGAGGACAAAGUUGUCCUUGACCGUUAAAACUGAUGAUGUUACAAGGGGUAGAAAGGAUGUGGAUCCGCAUGGGCGGGUGCCUCAGGGGCGAUUGGGUGAAAGAUAAACUCUUCUUUUCAGUUACGACAGGCAGAAUUUUUGUGGCCAUUAUCUUUUUUGUCUUCAUUCAACCUAAGCAAUGAAGCAGUUGCUCCACAGUCAAACUUUAUAAAACAAGGGAAGGAAAGAAAAACCAUUCAAUAAUAAAUAAUUUGGUUCAGCACUUGAGUGGUAUGGUAUUUGGGCUCUGACAGAGAUAAUAGUUUUUUUUCCCAAAUUUUUGUAAAUGCUUUUAACAAGUUCAGGGAGCUUAUCCUGCAAAUACAGAGUUUUGACCAUUUUCGUCUUUCCUGGUAGUCUACACAUGCAGUUUAUUCUAUUAACAUUCCCUUACAAGCAGUUUCUUGGGACUGGAUAUUGACCCCUCCCUAUCUUGGUCAUCCCACGCAGCUAAUUUCAGGAAAAAACUCUAAAGCACGUUGCUUUUCUGGCUUGCAGACAGACUGCAGACUAUUGUUUUUAGGGUUAGAAAACAAUGGGACUAUUAUUGUCACGCACUCAUUUGCAUGGUGAAAACAAUAGUCCACAGUUUGCACUUUACACUGACCACAAUUGUAAUAUUAUUAUGCACUUUAUUGAAAUGAAGUAUUAUUCAUUCAUUCGUUUCUUAAUGUACUUUUACUAAAACUAAAAUUAACUACAGCAAUGACAAUUUUCAAGUACAUGUAUUAAUGUGACAAGCCAAGUUUAAAUGAAGUUUGGCCUUUUUUGGGCUUGAAUGCUUUUUUAUAUUGCUUAGAAUAUAAUAUCAAGAGGGAUAUUGGGGCAGAGUCAUUCUUAAGAUUCAUUGUAGUUUGUACAUGUAAUAUAUAUAUAUAUAUAUAUCUUAUUCACUCGAUCAUUUCUAUUUUGUUGUAUUAGUUAAGUAAUUUGGAGGAAAAAUCAAGAAAUGCUGAUGCAAAAGCAGCAGAAAAAGCCCAACAGGUUAGCUGUUUAACCAUGCUUUAAUAAUUAUACUCAUACUGAUCACAUAACGUUUUAGAAGUUUCAUGGCUCAAUAUAUUCUGUGUUGCUAUUUAUUUGCAUUUGCUUCAAUCCAUCCAUUGCUGUAGUAUGGACCAGGACUUCAUACCAAACUUGAAUUUUUCUUUAGUUUAACCAGUUGGAUACAGCUGUUAUUGCUAAGUCUUGUUUUGUGGUAACCUUUCCUUUUGAUGAGCCUUUGGACUUGUUCUUGUAACAAAACUGUACAUCCUGGCAUACGCAUUCUCUAACUUAAGACUCUGCUCUAAAAGUCCCCGGUGAUGUUUGGCAUGCUAACUUUUCCUCCUGGGUGGCUUGAAAAUCUGUUUUGUUUUUUCAUAUACAUCACAUGCUGGGUAUCCUGUAUUUCACAGGUUCAUGGCAUUAGGCUCCCUUCAAUUUUUCUUAGAGAAUAGCCUUGUAACCUACAGGUAUAAUAUCUCGUCAAAUGAAAACAAUUUUUUGUUUCUUCUGCAUUAUAUUUUAUUGAUGGUUUUACUAGGUGAAGCAUUUGGAGAGCAUGGUGACUGUGAAAGAUGAAACAGUUGUACAAUUAAGGGCUGAGCUGGAGGAUGAGGUAAUACAAGGUUCCUAUUCUGAGAUGGAGGCUGAGUGCCAAUUAGCCACUUUAGAAACAAGAAGGAAACUUGGCCAAGAUAACUUUCACAAGACUUCUGGGACAGUCACUCUGGACAGGGAAGAAAAUUGGCUAAUAGCUGAACUGCACGUCCCCAGUAACAGCCUCAAAAACCAUUGCUCACAACACUUUUUUGGCUCCAAUUCCCUUCAUGUUUCUAAAGUGGCAAAUGCACAUCUGAAAAUAGACUAUUUUGCAACUAGCACUGUAUAUUAUUUUGUCUUGAAAUCAUUCUCAACAUCAAACGCAAAGCUCUUCUUGUGGCUAAAAAAGGGUUUAGUGUUGUUUAAUUUUCUCCAAAGUGCAUCCUGGAUCUGAAUAACUAAAAAUUGAUUUUCUUUUGUCUGUAAAUGUGAUGGUUUCCUGCAAUUUUUUGUCAUGCCAGGCCCAGCUUGUUAGUAUUUUUUGUAAGAUAUUAAGUUUUGAAUUAGCUUAACAGUCGUAAGACUGUUCUGUUAUUGUCACUUUGUGAACAGGCAAAACCAUGGUUUCGGUUCUCCACGCGAACCUCAUCAGUUGCCGGGUUGACUUUGUGCUUAACUGGUUUUAUAAGAGCAACUCAAGUUGUUCUGUGCCAUGGCAAGACAGUAGCUGUUCUGUCUAGCUGACUUUGUCCCCCUCCCCCCUCACAGAUCCAAAAUUCUAGACUUGAAUACUUCAUGUCACAUUUUACCUCCCCAAAUCCAACUUUCUGGAGAUUUUGAGCUAGAAUUUCACCCUUGCAGGUUUUUAGACCGAUUAAAAAGAUUUGGGGUAGAAAUAUAGCUUCUUUGGCGUAAAUUAACAAAUUUAACUUUGAAGCUGCAAUGACAAAACCUUCAUUGAUCGUUCAGAUUUUCUGUGAUUUGUCCAUUCCUGCCGUCUGUGCGUGGUUUGCCAAAAAAUUUUGACAAGUUGAGAAACUUUGUUUUGGUUCCACACAUGUCCUCUAAAGUUCACUUCUGCUCUAUGGAAGGCCAAACAUUUUAUUGGUCAAUUUAUGACAGCUGAUGACGGCAUCAAAUGUGGGUGCGUGCACUCAGGCAUGACAGGCCAAGUGCUCGGUUUUAAAAAUCCUAAGAUUUAUCUGCAAGCGUUUCCUUCCUUUUUUCCUCACCCCCUCCUCACUCUCUUACUUGCCACAUUUUUUGUGCGGUCUUUGACUCACGUUCCUUGUUCUUUGCUCCAAAACCACCGGAAACGCUUGCUACGCAGGCUAAGUAAUCUUGGUUUUUUUUAUCUUCUAUGUAGAAACAAAGGCGGAUACUUCGUGAAAAGGAAGUUGAAGAUAAGGCAGCCCACAUCAAAACCUGGAUGCAUAAGAAGAUUUCUGAGGUAGGUUGCAUCAGCCAUACUAUGGGAAUCCUGUGAGAUGUUGACAUUGAUCAUAAAAAAUAGUGGGUCUGACCCAACUAACUGACCGAUUAUCAGUUAUAAUUGGAAAAAUCUCUUUAUAAGAAUUAUUCCAAUUGAUUAUAUUUUUAUGUGACAGUAUGAGGCAAGGUUACAGGAGGAUGAAAGAAAGUUUCUGCAAUACCGAGACAUAAUUAAAGAAGUUAGCAGGGAGAAUGAGCAGCUUAGGAGAUUACAUACACAGGCUGUGAACAUGGUGCGAGAAAUUGAAACCAAACUUAAUUUUUCUCAAGGUGGGCACUGCAUUUCUUUCUUCUGCUCCUUCACUAAACAUGCAUGCCACUGCAAAAUUGCAAUAGGCCAUUUAUGCAGUGGCAUUUAUUUUGCCAGAGGAAGGAACCGGAAUUCAUUUCAUCCUUUUUUAUUCAAUGUUAUUAGUGAUGUUUAAGCAUCAACAUGUAGAAACAAGAUAAACUAACUACAGUCAACUCCAUUUUAGACCCCUUAAUAGCGGAGUGGGAACUUAUUUCAGUCAAAUUUCUGAGCUUGUUAUAUUUUUUCCUGGAAUUUUGCUGAUGUCAGUAUUUGUGGGGUGUCUGUUUUAAAAACAGUGAUAUGUCUGCAAGGCAAAAGUUGACUGUAAAAUAGUGGAUAAUAGAAAUUGAAAAUUUAAUAAUUUAUCGUUAUUAUAAAAUGUUAUAUUAAUAUUAUUUUUGAUAGCAGUACAUGUAUGAGCCAGCAGCUCAGUGAGCCCACAUAAACAGGUGCAGGACAUUGCACUACAGCUGUACAGUGUGUUUUGAAGGAAAUCAAUGUAUUAUUAACACUUUUACCAUUUUGUUAGUUAAUAUGUAUUUGUUUUUGUUUUUUUUUUAACAGAUCAAGUUAUCAGAUUAUCCAGGGAACUUGCUAAUGCCCAGUGUCAGGAUGGGGACUAUUCUGUCUUGGAACCUGAUCCAGAACAGCUUGAGUCUGGAUUUCAGUCAUUUCAAACUGAAAGACUGACAAGUCAGUCCUCAGUUGAUUCUACAAGCACUCUUGCACUCUCACCAACAGCUAUCUCUCCUGAUUGGGGGGCAACAACUUCAGUAGAUGAACAUGAUGAUGCGAAAUCAGGUUUACCUGAUCAACCUGUUGAAAUAAGAAUAAAAAGGACAUCAAGUGGCAAAUCGCCAUCUAAAAUUCCUCGAUUUGUUGGGAAUGCCGAAGAUCCCAGAUCAGCGCAAAUCUCAUAUUACAUGUCACUCAAGAGAGGGCUAAAGGGACCUGGUGGCUCUCAGUCCAAGUUUUUCCUUCAGAUACAAGAUUCACACAGUCCUUACAUGCAGUUAUUGUCACCAGAGAAUGUUCCACUGAAGAAACAUUAUGAUAGUCAGUCAACACUGGAUUCUGAAGCUGACAAUGUCUUUGAAACUUACUUAGAACCUGUAAAUCACAUUGAUAAUUCUGAUGGUUUUCCAGCUCAGCUUGGGGAAUUGGUAGCUCUUCGAUUAGAUCAUCAAAGCACAACUCCCAGCGUAGCAGGAACUGAGCAAGAGGAUCUAUCUGACCGAUCAUCUAUAGGUUCAUUUAGAGAUCAAUCAGUGACUCCUAAUCCUAUUUAUCAAACUAUUGAACAAACUAUUGAAGAGUUAGAGUCAACAAGAACAUUUGUGGAUGCUCUGACUGACAACUUAUCAUCAAUAGAUAGUGGAUUACCACAGCCUUCACCCCCGCCGGCAUUGCCUCCAAGGUUUGAGCCAGAAACUGUUCUACCACCUCCAGUUCCACCAAUUCCUAAGACAAACCAACAGGAACUUGUAAGAAGAGAAUCUAAUUUCACUAGCUACUUAACGAACACAGAGAUUCAAAGUAGAUCAGAACCACAAACAAGUAAAGAGAAUACUGAGAAUGUGACAUCUUUGACACAGAUUGCUGUUCAGUCCUGGAUGUGGAAUGAUAAUUCAGGUAUGCUUCAAGGUUUUAGCAACAUGGGCAUCCAAGUGUUCAGCUGUUUGUGACCCAAAUUUUUAUAUACAUUUUUGACACCUUCAGGUGGGCUCGAAAAAACUUUAAUUCCAGCUUGUCCUUUGGGCAAGCAGCUCCCAAAUUUUUUCCUGCUCAGGGCCACUUCUUGUUCAGUUCGACUUAGUUAAUGAUUUUGUCAAAGAAUGACUUGCCAGGACCCUUUCCCAGAAAGAAAAUCUAUUAAUUGUCCUGAACUACCAGAGGGGUGACUUUUUGGAGCCCUGACCUUGGUUUUAGAACUGCUGACUGAAUGGGUUGGUGAUAUGUUUGCCAAUUUGGAGAAAAACUUUCACCUGAGAGGUUCUAAUAAUACUGCUCCAAAUUUGCUGGAGGAGAGUUUUCCUCUGGGCUUAUAUGUACCUUGAGGUUGGGGUCUUUCCCCAAGGUCCCUUUGGGGAUGGUCACUAUAACUUCCUGUGUUAACCAUAGCAAGCAUCAGGGGUUUCAAUAAUAAUUAGCACCAACGACCGACGAAACGUGUUGGCUAUUUUUUUCGUCAAAAAAGAAGCAAUUACUUUUGAAAAUUUCGUAAACAAAAAAUAUAUCAUUAAAUCUGAAUUAAAAUGUAAGUUAAUUAUGAUGUGCUUUCGAGGUCCACUGAUAUGUUAUGCUUUAGUUACACCUGACGUGCUUCUGGUCACACAAACGCUGUAUUUCAGUCAAUUUUUUACACAUUUCUUUGUAGGUUUAGGCAGAAUUUGUUUAUGUGCUUCUCUUCUGUUCUCAAUUUAGUCCCCGGAAUACUGGAAAUUGCAUUUUAGGGCUUUGAAAUUCCAAAAUUUUCUGGGGGAACAAGCCCCCAGACCCUCUUAGAAGAAGGGGACUAUUGGCCCCUUGUCAACACAGUCGGUUACUCUAUUCAAACCUGCUGGCUACUUCAAUAUUAUUGAAACCCCCUGCAAGCAUACAUGUACGUGUAUGCAUUGUCUCUUUUGGAGGUGUGAUAUUUACAAUACCUGCUGUUUUCACAUGUAUUGAAGAUUGAUGGGAUGAAUAGAGGCAACCAUGGUUGGAGUUGUAUAUUUUAGAGAAAAAAUACGCAAAAGUUAUUUAAAGGCUUCUGAUAUUAGCACCAUGGUAGUUUUUCAUAAUACUGUAUUGCACAGUUCAAGUUUACAGAGGGAAUUUUGCUUUAAGUAUACACACAGGUGGAACUAACUUUUGAAUGUUAAAAGUAUAUCCUGUUAUUAUUUGCAGGUUCAGAUACCCCUCCAUUUGGUACACUGGACAGAGCCCAUAAAGAGCUCAACAUGUUGACGGUGAGAAAACUAAAGGUGUUGUUACAUGCUAACAGGGUUGACGUUGUCAGGGAAAAGUCAGUGCAUUUUGCCUCAAGUCAAGCUCAAUCUUAGUUCUUAACACAGCCAGUCAGGGAAUUCUAUUUUAAGGCUGCCGUAGCAUUAUAGACGGGUAAUAACUAAAGACAUCAUUUUGGGCCUGUUAUUUAUGAUCCAUGAUCUGUAACUGAUUUAAUUCAGUGAAAAAUCCAGAUAAUUCUCAACAAUAAAUGUAAUAUUAAAAGAUAUGGAACAAGGCUGUGGUUUAAGAAGAGUUUCAAGGGAGCACUCCCAUUGCUCUGAAACCCAUAAAAUCCAGGGUGCCUUGCAUUAGUUUUAAGCAAAAACUAAACUUUCCUAGUUGCCCCUGCCAGUAUCACAAAAUCUUAUACGUUCAAGCAUCCUCUUGGUUAUUGCAUUGUCAUCUGUUCAAUGCACCAUUUUAUUAUUAGUCGUUAAUAAUUAAUUUUAUUAAGAUAAUAGUUUUGUCAAACAGUUGUUUGUUUUUGUUUUAAUAUUAUUUUUUCAAUGUAGUAUUGUUAUCCAGUAGUCACUUUGUGUUUUAUCUUUGGUUGAAUUCAAUAUUUUGUUUUUUUAAUUUACUAGUAUUUUUUAUUGAAAGUUGUUUAACCAUAUUAAUGACAAUUUUUUUUUACAAUAUAUCUUUACUGUUUAUAGUCAGUAUUAUUUUUUCCUUGCUGUUUAAUCUGACCAGUUAUUUUUAAUUUGUAGUUGUUUCAGUUGUUGGUUUUAAUUUGUAGUUUUUAUUUUCAACAUACUCACAGGAACAAACCUGUCCUGUUUACACCACAUUGAAAGGGGUAUGUGUUUGUUUUGUUUCUCGCAUUUUUGGCAUGUAGUUCAGCACUCUCAUCCCAUUUCCACAAACACAUAACAUACAACUUUUUUUAUUACUUGUUAUAAAUAUUACCCACCUUUUAUUCAUUUUAGAUUGCUUUGUAUUAAAAUUGUUAAAUAUAACAUUUAUCAAAAAUCAUCAGUUCUCAAAGUUAUAAGUGUUAAUUGUUAUUAUAAUAAUUAUAUUAACCCAUUCGCCCCUGAACCGCCCGUAACCGCCCGUGCGGAUCCAGGUCCUUUCUACCCAUUGUGACGUCAUCAGUUUUAACGGUCAAGGACAACUUUCUUCACUAACUUGUGCAGAGUGAAGAGAUCUUUCAAACCAUACCAGAAUGAGCACAAUUCAGUCAAGGACACCGGAGAAACAAGCAAAAAACCACGUGACAUUGACCUGAAAAUCUCCAUGAAAAUCUUGUCCCAUUACCCACCUACCUUUCCUUUCGCCUAAUCCUAAGAUCCUAAAAGCUUUCCUAAAAACUCUUCCCACCAAAAUCAAGCCUACUAAAUGCCCAGCAAGAGAAAAAAAAAAUGAGGCAAGAAAAGCAAAAAAAGAAGGGAGGAGAGAAAGCGAAAAGUAAAAGUCAAGACUGCUGUGUCACUUUUAAACCCAAAAACUAUGUCGAAAUUUUGCUUUCUGCGCAUGCCCGAACUUCGCAAGCUGAUAUUUUGCAUCUGGAUCGGAAGACCGCGAAGUGUUCGACCUGUAAACCAGUUUGUGGUAAGUUUUAGCUCUUUAUAGCACGACAGUGACCAGAAAACCACUCGACUAGCUUCAAAACGCGUUUUUCGGCAAAAUCUCUAGGAGCGAAUGGGUUAAAAUCAAUAAUAGAAAUAGUUUGAUGUUAAUGAGAAAAAUUAACAUAUUUGAUAAUCAAAAUAAAAUAGCUUUGUCAGGCCUUUGAUAAGAGAAUUUGAAAGAGCUUUGAUAUUAUUUAAAUGGGAUAAUAACAGCAAGGUCAGUACAAAUAACUGAUUAUUAGUUUACUCAUUUUAAAUGUCACCUGGACAUGAUUUUCAGUUUUUUAUUAAAAAGUUUGACUACUUAAAUGUAAGCUUCUCCUCAAGGCCCUAAUAGUUUUUGCUUAAGCAUCAUUCAAUAUUGUUAAGAAGUUCAUUGAAACUUUGUCUGACCGGCCUUGGAAUUUUAAACACCAGCUUGAAAAUUAGCCGUUGUAUUCCUGAGGUCAAAGAGAAAACUCUUUCCAUGCCACUUAGAUAUAAUUUUGAGAAGCACAUUUGUAUACAUACUAAAUUGUUGAAAAUCAAGUCAUUUUUGAUGAUAUAAGCCAUAAGAUCAAGUGCAUUAAAAUUACACCAGUGGCCUUAAAACAUCCUGGAAAGGUUGGUUUAAUAUUACAUUUUUCUGUAUGAACCAUAUUGAUUUUGUACUGCUUUCUAACAUUGUUAAUCAUACCCUGUUUUCAUUACUUAUUUCAUCUAAAGGCAAGGAGGUGUAGUGCAAUCUUUGUGGUAAGUGCACUAUUGAAUGAAAUCCAAAACUAAAAGGUCAAAGCUUUACCUGCUGUACCUGUGUUGUGAGAUGCACAGGACAGGCACUUGUGCACCACUGAUGGCCCCAGACUGACUUAGGUAGUUAUUAAUAAUGAAACUGUCACCUCUUGACUUGAAGAUUGGAAUGAAGGCUUUUUGCUUUUGUCAUUUGUUGUUAUACCUGUCAAAACUGGAAAGAUGGAUGGAUCUAUGAUGCUUGCUCAAGAUUACUUGCUUUAUUGCCUCCUGGUUACCACAUAUUUGAAAAGAAAAAAAAACUAAAAAGUUAAACAUUAAAAAACGUUUAAUUUAAAAAUUAAAAAAUUGCCUGUAGAUGCUGUAGUAAAAAAAAACCGCUAAGAUAGUUUUAGAGGUGAGCCCUUGAAAAUAUACAUAUAUUAAAGGUUAAACAAAAAAGUAAACAACAUAAAAUAAAUUAAAGGUUAUUUUAAAUAUCAAAAGUAAAAAAAGGUUUUAAGAGUAUAUCAGUAAGUGUAUUCUAGCACCUGCUAACAUCAGUUUUUUUAAUAGUCACUGUUAAUGUUUGGAUCUCCAUUUCCAAUUUUGAAUGAUCGAAGACAAAUCCAAUUUUUGUUUCUUGGUCCCUUUAAAUAAUUAUUGCAGUUUUUGAUGAUAAUAUUGAUUAUUCAACAGAGAGCUUCUCAGCUGCGCAAGACACCAUUUUCAGGAGAAUCAACUGAUUCAUCUGACACUGAGAGCACUGCCGGGGAUUACUGUACUCCACCUGAUGAACUCUCCCCAGCUGAAGAACGUUUACAACUUAAAGAAAAAACAGAUCAGGUCCUUGAGGAAACUACGCAAGUGUUAAAGACCUGUGCUACAUACACCACUGUUAGUCUGAAAAAGGUAAUGAUUUAUUUGUAAGAUUGAAUUCACCAUAGUCAAUCGACACAUCAACCCAACCCCUUUACCAGCCAGCGCCUAAAGAAAUACCAGCCUUGCGACUCACGAAUCUCCUCAAGUCACACAUGGAUCUCUCCAAAUUUGAAAUUGCUGAAAUCUGGAAAAAAAUCCUUGUUAAGUGAGCACUGUGAGGCUUAUGUUUAUUCCUGAUUAUAUAGGGAACAAGUGGAUUCCAUUGUUCUGCUGUGCUUCUGUUAAGAUUUAGAUUGCAGAAGUGGUCAAAAUAUGGUAAAAAAAAUCAUCAGUGGCUAACAGUGGAGUGGGCCUCCUUGGCUAAUUCUGUCCUGUUGUUACCACUUUUGAUGGCAUCUGUAAAUUUACAGCUGAACAUACUGACACUGCAAAUAAUGCCUGCCAUUCAAUGGCCUUUUUUUGUUCAUUUUGUGAUGAGUGAAGUAAUUUUGGAAAUGUCAGUCUAUCGGAGAGUACCGUUAGGGAAAGAAAGUUUCAUGUCUUUUUGUAGGGAGACCAGAAAAAGGAAGGCUAUCUAACCAAGCUAGGAGGCCGGGUAAAAAACUGGAAAAGAAGAUGGUUUGUUCUUCGUGAUGGUAAACUUUACUACUAUAAGACAGAGGUAAAAAAGCUAUCCAAUAUUACUUUAUUUUAAGUCUGUCUUUUAACCUUAGAGCUAUAAGUUUUAAGAUUCUACUAACUUGAUCUAUUCAAAGUAAUGCUCAAUUGGUUAGUUUACUUUAAGGCGAAACAUGUGGAUAAAAAAUUUUAACCCAAAUAUAUUUUGACCUGUUACAUAUACAUAAACCCUAAAAAGUCUGUACCAUAUCGCUUCCUUUCAACUGAAUGAGAAAACAGCUACUUAACUCAUGUUGUUUCACCAAGUGAAGUAGAUGCAUUUGCACAGCCCUGACUUUCUGCACAGCACAAGGGAAAUUCCUUCCACAUAAUAGCCUGGCAUCCAUCUUAAGCAGGUGCUCAACAUAGCAUUUAAUGACGUUAAAAAGUAAGACAGUCAUUUCCCACAAGGCACUUAAAAUGAAUUCUUUUAAAUUCUACUCCCAUGACAUGAUCAACUUUUCCUGUUGUAGCAUGAUGUAAACAGAAAGCCUCUGGGACAGAUUCCAUUGGAUGGGACUUGCAGAAUUGCCAGAACAGAAGGCGCACUCACAUUUGAAGUAAGAAACAUUAAUUUCUGGCAAAGCCCAAGGCUUAUACACCUUCAUAAGGGUUUUUAGUGAGGACACAUCAAAAGAGGGCAUUUCUAUCCAGGGGAGGCUUUUAACUGGACUCAAAAAGGCAUUUCAAAACAAGCUAUGUAGCAGUGCUGAUCAAAAGACUUUUUGAAUUUACUCGCUUUUUUAUGCUUUAAAACAUUGUAAAAAAAUGGAGUUCAUUUCAGUACAUGCUACAGGGGAGCUUAUAUCUGGAGGGUGGGGGUUGGCCUUACAACCGGCUGUAUUUUUUUUGUUUACUGGCAAAUGGUAUAACUGGGGGGAAUUAUAAGUGCAGGGGUGCUUAUAAGUUGAAGUUUACAGUACUCUAUUUUUCAGGCCCUCUUUUUGCAACUGUAAGUAGAAAUAAGUAAAUGAACUUCUCAACAUUUAUCAUUCAGUUACGUUGGCUACCACAAGACUCCUAGCUUAGGAUCACUUUCUAUAAUUACCUUUGUGUUAUAGCUAAUUUGCAUACAAUCCUUAACUUAAAGGUUGCAACGCCAAAGAGAACAUUUUACUUAACUGGGGAGACCAAGGAAGUGGUUGAUGAGUGGCUCAGAGGUAAUAAAAAUAAUAUUAUUAUGAAACUUUAAUAACAUAUAGUAUAAUUAUUGAUAUUAAAUUCAUCCAGUUUAAGGUUAUUUAUUCAUAAGCAGGUUUACAUCACUGACAAUUAUGACAUUUAGAUUAAAAUCUGAAUGCUUAUGAAGCAAAUUCUUUUUGCCCACCCCAAUUUGACUCCUGGGUGUGCUGAAAUGACUAUGUUGAAGUCAACAGAGAAAAAUAAAUGAUUUCAAAGAAACAGAAACCCAGAUUAGCAUUCAAACCAGGAUAGGCAGUGACUGGCUUUCAAACAACUUCAUUACUGUGCUCCAUGCUUUUUAUUAUUAUUCAUUCUUUCAUUGACUUAUUCCUAAGGUUUUAUAUAUUUUUAGUUUUGCAUAAUGUGAUGAGAAAGUUUUCAAGCACUCCACUCUUGCAAGCUAGUGAAAAAGAAAUUAUGAAAGGCUGGCUAACAAAGGUGAGACUGAUCAAUCAAAUAAAUUUUAGUUUAGUUUUGCAUACUCAGGUCUACUUGCUGGCUGAAUGGACCAGUUUCAAAGAUAUUCAUGCUCGACUCUGGGCCUAAGGGGAAUAAAGCAAAAGAAUUAAUCUCAGUGCUAUUUAUUUUGUUUUAUACCCGCCCAGCCUUUGAGCGAAGUAAGAUUUUUUAUCAUUCAAAACCGGUCCUUCAGUGCGUGAGGUUCCAAGUUCGAUCCCUGGUGACAUCACAUCCUUGUUUCAACUUCAUUCUUUUCUGUGUAGCUUUGACUAGCUUUAAAUACCCUUAAAGCGGAGCAUUGAUGGAGAGAGGGGGGUAAAACGAGCGCACCGUCGACCUCAAGUUUACGUAGGUUAUUAUUCUAAACCAGAAGCUUAUUAAAUCCCAACUUUACGUGGGGAAAAAUACUGUGGCAAAAUAAUAUAUAUAUUAAUUUAAAACAAUUUCUCUGUUCUUGACAUAGUAUCCUAGGGCAAAUGUUGCUUAGAGAGGACAGAGGCAAUGUUCACCAGUAGAUAGUCUAAACACAAAGCAUUAACUAGGGUGUUAUUUAGCUGCAUUCCUAUUACUGAUUUUGUUUUGUUCACCAAAAGGUUAAACAUGGUACAUCCAAGAAAUGUUGGACUGUUUUACGUGGACAGUACCUUUGUUACUACAAGAGUGAAGAUGAUGUGGUAAGUAAAGGAGAAUUCUGUUUCAGUUAAUAACAACUCCAUCUAAUAAUUUGAACACUUACAUGUGUGUAUUAUUCAUUUGGUAAAUGAAAAAAUAAAUUAUUGUAAAAUCACUCACUCUGCCCUGAAUCCCAAAGGCCUCCUUACUCACUAGCUGCAAGAAGCGUAAAGAGCAAAGUGCUGGUCGGUAAGCUUUCUCGCUGCUGCGCAACUCACUUUGGCAGCUCUGCUGCUCAACUCCUUGGUCGCCAAACACGGAAAAAAUCUAUGACAUCCAGGCUGAGGAUAUAUUAACCAAGAUACAACAAUGUUGAAUUGACAACAUUCUCACAACAUUAUUGUGAUGUGUAAUAAAAUAUUGUUUCAGCUGAAGAGUGAGGCGUUAACUAUUUGUAUUAACUGAUUGUUGUUAAACACAGAUGCCCUUUAGCAUGACACUCAUGAUAGACGUGAUAGUAGAGGAGAUGGAGUCACCAGAUUCUGAAGAUGGUUUGGAUUCUGAACCAAUACCUUACCGGCACUAUACACUGGUGAUGAAGUCACUCAAACAACCUGCUAGCACCUACUUGUUGAUCGACUCAAAAGAGGAGAAGGUAAUCUACAGAAAAUAUCCAUUCACUAUUUUCGCACUGCCCAUAAUACACUUUAUUGGUUCCCCAAAAUUUUCCUUAACCAUUGUUGCCAUUAACUCCUGGGUAUCACAUGCAGUUAUCCUAAGAGACAUUUUUUGGGGGGCAAAUGAUGUCUAUUAAGAGCUAUGCGCAAGUGGCAAAUACAGCAUAAAUUCCGGUUGGGAGGUUAUUAGAAGUUGUGGCGUGUGGGUAGUCUUUGAAUUUGUCAGACAUUUUGCUCUCAGAAGUGUUUCAGAAGUGGCACUACAGAAUUAAACAUCCUAUUUUUUUUAUGCUGAUAAACAAAUAGCACCAUGUUCAAGUAUUGCAAAAGAGGUUUCAUCUGAAUUGUCGCACCACACACUCACAAGCUGGAACUACAUACUAAAAUAAAUAGUACCUUCUGAAGGUACUGAGAGAUUGCAGUUAACUAAACAAACUUGGCGUCCAAUUCAGUUUCUAGUGUGUUUAUUGUCGCCCGCAAUCCUAAUUUCCAGGUUGCCAUUACGCAUGCUUGGUGCGUAUCUAGCAAGCACUCGUUUGGACUUGCACUAAGAAUGAAUGAAUUGCGAACGCAAUCUGAUCACGCGUGUUUGAUCUUCUACAGUAUCACGUGAAACUUACGCAGUGUACCAGCGUUGGAGCUAUUCGCCCAAGCAGACGCCUUUUAAGGGCAGUCGCGCCCCCUAAAAACGUCUGUGUUGGACGCUACGUUGCAAAAAAGCGUUUUGACCUUCAUUAGAGAACCUGAAACUCGCCCGCACUCCUUAACCUUUGGUUAUUAUUAGUUUCAAGUAUGGUAUUCUUGUGUGCGCUGUAAUCCUCUUUCUUGCCGCCUUAAACAAAAAAAAAAACAAUGUUAAGAUGUAAGAGUUGGCCAAAUUUAACGGGUUUGUUAUGCACCCUUUAAACUUUGUUGUUUUUUUUUAACUGGCUUGAUAUGUUUAAAUCCUGGUAGGACUCUUGGUUGUUCCAUCUUAAAGUCGCAUCAGGCAGCGGGAUUGAUGACAUGGGUACAGAGUUUGAGAAGCACAUCUUUGAACUCAUUUCUCAAGACUGUGAUGCUGGUAAUAUAUAUUUACUUUUCUCAAAUAACUUUUCCAUAAAACGUAUCAUUUCUUGAUUGGAAGUGUUUAUUGCUAGCUAACUUCGGGCGAGAUGACUUUCGGGCGACUUGACCAGUUCCUUACUAAAAACCAGUAUGCUGGACACCCUAGACAGUUUUGUCAGAGCAGCUUAGUCUUAAAACGAUUUUUCCUCAGAGUCCAAUUGAUAAAUGGCCUGCGAACCGCAGACGUAUUUCCGGUCGUCGGUUCUCUCCUUCCGAAAAAUUCGAAGGGAGAGAAGCGACGACCAGAAAUACGUCUGCGGUUUGCAGGCUAAUCCAUAAAAUUUGUGGUGCUGAAAGUGAAGCAAUUCAUAAUUUACUUUUACUGAACAGGUAUAAUCUUUUUUAGCAUUUGUAUUUUAUUUUAUUUUCCAGAGAGUGAAACGUGGAAUAGCUAUGUUUUGAAUCACGUAAAAGAAUUAAUCACCGAACCGCUCACUACUCUUCCAUCUAAGGAACUUGAGGAUGAAGCCCUCAAACUUUUCAAGGUUGGAAAGCACACCAUUACUCUAGCUGCUUCAAUUUGUUAUUCGGCAUUUUACAAAAUUAAAUUUCUUAUUUUUUGUGUGUUUCUUAGACUGCGAGCAGUCUUUUAUUUUUCUUCUGAGUCACAGUAGACCGAGAGUACGCGUGAGGGGCGAGCGGCGAAGCCCCAUCUCUCCUCCUUUUUUUAUAUAUAUUUUAAUUUGUAUUGACGGUGUAUUCUCUUUUUUCCUAGUCCGUGCACCUGUUUACAACUGUGCAGACAGAAGAAGCAGCCAUCGAUUACCACGUGUCACUAGCCCAGAAUGCCUUGCAGAAAUGCCUUGAUCAUCCUGAACUUCAGAAUGAGUUUUACUGCCAACUGAUUAAACAAACCUCAAAACAUGUGCAUAGGGGACCUGAGGAUUUGGGCGUAAGUGUUUUGGCUUCCCCAUCCCUUCUUUUUAUUUGUAACUGUUCAAAGGCCUAUUAUGGGUAAUCUCAGGUCAUUUAACGUGACAACUCACAUGGAUUCUUUGCAAUUAACCGAGGAUUAGAGAUGAUCUGGCGUAGAAGAACUCGGCCCCGAAGUAACUGUUGCUUCCUUCGGGAACCAUUUCCACUCAACCCCUCCCUAAUCCAUGUCCAAACUUUUUCAAUCAAACCCUUACCGCUACUCGUUCAGGAGCCAGUUUCUUUCCUCAGAGGCGUUGUAAGAGUCACAGAAGGAAAAUCUUGAUCACCACAAACACGUAUAAAUCUAAAAGGGCAAUCGCUACUGCAAACAAACACUUGCUUGUGUUGAAUACAGGUGCUGGUCUAUGAAAACCUUGAGUUAAUUGUUUUGUGCCUGAUUUAUCACUAAAAUAAAUGCAAAGAAGCUUAGCGCAGCUUAAGGCGCAACUUUAAUAUGUAGAUGCGAAAAGAAAGCUUGAAAAAACUGAGGCUUGCCGCCAUUCGAACCCUGACCUCUGCAAUAUCAGUGUAGCGCUCUAACUAGUAAGAGCUUCCAACCGGGAGCUGGUCAUGAAAUUGGUUCGUAAUAUACCCGGGAGAGAUGAAGAUGAAAUGAUGAAUAUAUGAAUUUCAUAUUUUAUUAUGGCUCAUAAAUUACCUUUUGGACGCACUGUAGAAAAAGGCAAAAAGAAAACUCCUCGGACAUUAGACCGCGGCGGAAUUACGCUGUUAUUUUCUACACCUUGAACGAAAACAACAUCUGUUAACAUCCGUGUUCUGUCUCUCUGCAGCAUUUCUUGGAGCAUUGUGGCAAGUCAUCGUGGUUGAGGGAAGACUCGUUCGACAUUUCAUCACAGGCCACCAUCGAUCUGCGCCCAGUUCAGGAACAUGUCUAUGUCCAGGCCUGGCAGCUUCUUGCACUCUGCACCGCGUUGUUUGCCCCUAAACAGAAAUUUUUGCUUUUUCUCAAGGGGCAUUUAAACAGAAGUUCGACAUUAAGGUAGCUGUUCAUGAUUUCCUGUUACUAGAGACCUUUAGACGACUACUAGGACGAGAUUUUCUCAAUACUAAGGGCGUGAAUCAGCGUCAUUUUGGCGGGAAAACGUGGUAGCCGUCGUCAUUGUACUACGGUUUUUAAGCGAAAAAAUCGUUGUGGCGGAAACAAGUUAUCAAAUGUUAGAAGUGCUUAACGUCCUUCAAUAAAAGUAGCUGAGUUAACAUUUUUGGUAAAAAAAAAAAAGUAAAAUGAAGCUGUUCGGGGUGCCUAUUUUUGAGAAUACGCGAAUAAACUGUAAGUCAAAUCUCGUCCUUUUCCUCGAAUCUAAAAGUCUCUACUGUUGCUGGAAAUAAAUGGUGUAAAAUGAGACCCAGCUGAGUUUAGAGUACUAUCACUGAAUAAAAUUACCAGUAGUACUUAAUAUUCCUCUUCCCUUAAAGGACUUUUCAGAGAGUAGGAGGCAAAUAAUUCAAAUUAAACAUAGCACGCCGGGUUAAGAAUCACAACUGGCCGAAGACAACUGAACUAGUUGGCUAGUACUUACAAGGGUAGCCGAGUUUUUGAACUGGGCACUACCGACAACAAAUCCAGUUAGCUGUUUGGGCGGGACUUGACCUCGGGGCUUCCGGAUUGCAAGUCGGCCACGCUUCCUCCGGCUCCUACAUAAUAGAAUUACUUACAAUCUUCGUGUGAAACAUAUGGUCUCAAUGAGAAUGUUUGUAUAGGAUAUUAGUAGUUAACCUGAGAUCAGGCUCUAUUUUCGUUUCGCUUUGUAAAUAACAUUCCGGCGGGCAAGGCCCAAUUUUUAGCGGAAGCCGUUAGAGAGAAUGUAUGAGAACCGCUAAAAUUGGGCCUGAUCUCGGGUUAAUUAGCAGCUAAGUGCGUGAUAUUUUACGUUUUUUUCUAAAGAUCUUCUUUAGGAAAGGCAUUCUUUAAGGGUAUUGACUCAAAAUCUCAUAUGAAACAUGCGGUUUGCAAAUCAUUUGUUUUCCUCUAUAGAACAAAGCUUGGAAAAUAUGCCACCUAUUGCCUUAGAAGCUUGGAAAGAACGUUGGUUAACGGGAAAAGAGAGGCAAGACCAUCAAGAAUGGAGGUAAUUUGUAGGAAUAAAAACUCUUGCCUAGUCUGCACCAAUAAUGGUUAAAUGUAGUGAAACAAAAGACGAUAGUAUGAAUUGAACAAUUGCUUUAGUAGAUUUUCUUUCGCUGAGCGUUAGUUCUCCCCGUUCAUCGAGGCGCCGUUUAAAAUUGCAUGUGCGCACGAAAUCUGGCAAGCCAAGAUGUAGCCUGAUAGCGUUCGUAUUUAUUGGAUGGUGCCCUCUCGAUCGUUACAGUAUUUUUAGCGAGCUCUUCUCUGAAGAUGACAGAGGAUGGACCACUGUCCUCACAAAACUUGAAGCGAAAAAGAGAAAUGCUCAUGUUUUCAAGUCUCUUCUUUGUGGCUUUAACAUCCUACAAUAUUUUUUAUGCAACAUAGAUUGCUCAGUAAGACUGCUUUUUUCUCUGUUCCCUCCCUUUAGUUUUAAUGUACAUAAAUGAUUCAGUGCAUUUGUUUUUAUUCAUUUCAUGGUCUUUUUUCUGCAGGUGUUGUCUGUUCUUCUCCACAGGCCAUAUGAUCACUCUUGUUCUAUGAGCAUUCCAGUUCAUUUUAUUGACGGCACUACUCAAGUAAGUCAAACGUUGGGCGACUUGGUCUGUUAUUAUUAAAGUAUUGUUUUACUAGUGCACUACAGGGCCAACUGUAAACAAGCGGAUUUGCCCACAAAAAGAGUGGUUUUCGCACGGUUUUGUGGUCGAUUCACUACAUGCCAACAUGCAGUCGUCCAAAAUUUAGAUACCUAGUCGUUAAAAAUUGAGCGCCAACAUAGAUGUCAUAUUAUUUUUAGCCGGUACGGUCGAAAGUGUGAACACCAUAACCGGCUAAAUUUUCCUUCGACACUUUGAAAGGUGUGGUUGCAUGGUUGCGUAGUAACUCAGCUAGGAGACGCCAAUUUGGAUUUUUUAAAGUAGCUCUCUGCACAUGGGUAGAUGGUGAAAUCAGUGACAACGUGAAAAUUUAACCUGCUUCAUCAGUUCCGUGUGAACAGAGCGAAAAUAUUGAACGGUUCUGCGUGAAUGAAGUUUCCCGUCCAAUUUUUCAGCCGGUCCAAAAUUCGUCCGGUGCCGCGUGAAUUGAGCGUGGCCUUAUUUUAUCAUCAGUUUACCCGCUGCCUAAUGGCGCCUGAAGUAUCAACUGAAAAACACCUGAGUACGUGGAUGGUGUGUACUGAAUGGGUUCGUACAGUCUUUAAUUCUUGAAAAAGCCUGGAAAAUGGAGAUGGUGUCUGGAAAAGUGGUGAAAAGUCUUGAGUUUUUCUGUUUGCAAAGCUACAACAUGUGCUUUAUAAGUAAUUUUUUUCGUUUUGGUCAGCUCCUAUUCAAUUUCGCCUGUACGUUUGCAGCGCAUCAUGAAAAAAGCUUUGUUCCUGUGUUUUGUUUUUAAGUUCUCUAUUGAUCACCUAUUUGAUAAUCUUGAGUCUGGAAAAAGAAAGUAUUGUUUUGGGAAAAAGUCUGCAAAAAGUCUUGAAUUUUGGAUCCAAAAUCUGUAUGAACCCUGUACUAAGCUUUCUUACUUAAGAACACAACAUGAUCAGGGGUUUUACGAAAUCGUUCAGGUCUUAAGUCGUAGGAGUUUAAAAUCACUUGAGGAUGGUGUAUUAGAAAAGCUAAUGUUUCGGUUUGUUAUUAUAAUUCCAGGUAUUUGGUUUUGAUGGCUCGACCACAGUUCAAGAAUUCUCCGAGACAAUCAACAGAGUAAGUUGUAAUGGCAUGUUCUUGCUUUCUGUUAAUGGAAAUGGAAAUCUAUGGUGUAAAUAGACAUUAAAUUCACCCGUACUCCAAAGUAUUUACGUUUAAACAUGUAAGAGCGUUUUUUUUUUUUCAACUUAACCAACUAUUUCUAAAGCCGUAGCAAAGGGCUGUUCGAGAAGUGGUUGUCAAUGUUAAGCUGGAUACUUGCGACCUGGUUUGGCAAGGCACCUUUCUUGUCGUUGAUCUUCACAGUGUGGAGGAAUGUGUCAUAAUUUACAAGGCUGUGCUCUAAUAAAAUACGAAGGGAGCCUAGGGGUCAAUUAAAUAUAACUCUUACAAGUGUAAUUUACAAGUGUAGCUAUUGUUUUGAGACUCUCUAACAUUGCCUACACUUCUAAAGGUUUUAUUAAAUUGACUCCAGUUCUCUAAACCUGAGAGAUCGAGGGUGCUCAGCAUGAAAAGUCGGUAUGAAAAAACUAAGCCGUAGUUUCCUAGUCACCCCAGAGCCAAACGCAAAGUAAGGUGCCAGGGGCCACUGGGCGCUGCUAGAGCACAGCUCUAAUUUAGUUUGCUACAAGUUUCUUUAUGCUUCUUACGGUGCCUUUUACGACACUAUUUUGAAUUCUAGGAUUUUCUUGAUAAAUCCCUAACCAGUGGUUACCAAUAAAUUUAUAGAAGUUUUAUUACUUUCGUUCAGAUGAUGGGUAUUCGUACUCCUCCAGAGAGUGGGUUCGCGCUUUUCACAGAUAACCCCGUCAACGCAGUGGAACAUUGCUUACAAGCCAGUGUAAAGGUUGGUAUUGCAAGAAACGGUCCUGAGCAUGCCUUCAUAAAUUCGAGAUAUAGUGGUAUCAGUUACCAGCAGACGAGAUAGUUGCUUUGUCUGUCUCCAAAUUUGAGCAGCAUCAAAUUCGGGCGUGAUAUAUGUAAUAUUUCUAUGCACAGAUGGACACCCUUUAUAGCUCACUUAAUCGCGAAAUGAUGAUCUAUAAACUUACUUAUGUUGUCGUUUACCCAGGAAGUGAAGAGAAUAUUUUUAUCGCUCGGCUUUGAAGUCUCUCAGUAAACAAGAUUGAUUGAAGUUCGCGUAAUUGGUGAUUGCGUUUCUUUUCGCUCUGUGAGUUACAGAAUACGUUUUCCUUUAUUUUUUCGUUACACAGCUGUGUGAUGUGAUAUCAAAAUGGGAACAAGCCAUGCGUCAGAGCCAGGGGAGACUGGAUACGAGUCGGGUCAUCAAACUGUCGUACAAAAACAGGUGAUUAAUAAUGGAAGUUCGCUCGAAGAGAAUUUUUGUUUGACAGAAUAGGCUUUUCCAAAAAAUACCAUAGUACUCUCUAAUGUGCCGGGUUAGAGACGUCGUUGGACAUAUUCAGGAGGGUCUUGGCUCGAGCUGCACCUGCAAAGUAUCAGAUUUUGUACAAUUUGUAUGCUAUUUCAGCGAAGGGCACUAAAAUAACUGCAUCUACUAACCUAGACGAGGCUAAACCCGCGCAUUAAAGAUUGUUAUCGUGGUAUUUUUCAGAAAGAGCUAUAAGGUGGGCUUUUCGGUGACGUUCAUGGGUUUUGAUGACUAUCAAAAGGAUAGUCUGUGUCAGUGACAUUUAAUCAUGGACAUGACUGGCUCAUAAAAAUGCAGACUUUCAGUGGUCUAGCAUAUGCCAUAUAGACACCUCCUCCUUUACGGUUUAAGUUCGACAAAUCCAAUAUUAAAAACGCCACCUUGCGUCCCUAUUAGGUCACAAAGCAAACGGCGUUUUCAGGCAAUCACCCAAACGGGACUGUAAUUGAUGUUUUGUACUUUAUCUUUCUCCUAAGAUUACACUUUAAGAGCCUCAGCAGCACAGAGACUGAGAAGGAGAGAUUUUUCCUAGUUCUUCAGGUGAGGAAUUCUAUUUUCUGUGCUCCCCCAGCUCGGGGGACAAGGAGUUUUUAUCACAGAAUCAGCUAAUAAUAAAAAUAGUAAAGCUGGAGUAUAACAUGAAGCUUAAACGACUCCGCCCUAUCUUUGGCACGACGAGGCGCCCAGUGACUUUAUUGCGAAAGUAUAAACUGAACUUCCGGUCAAAACCUUUAUCAAUUGGCAGGUACAUUUUAGCAACAACUAAUUCAAAAAAUCAAAUUUUUGUUCAUUGAGCCCCAUGACACUCUCUCCCGGUGACAAACUACAGCUGGCUAAGCCUGGGGCUCUGGUGAUAGCUUGUCUUAUAGAGGAAACCUAAACCUUAACCUUUUUCAAAUAGUUAAAUCGAUCAUAUAACAUGAUGGCGGAUAAUGCCUGCGUUCUGCGUGAGGGACUGGCCAGCUCCAACUCGAUUUUAAUUUUGUUGGCACCCUCGCCUAACUAGGCGACCACUGAAAACUUACAUAAGUAUUGUACUGCAAAUGGUAAAAGCUUUCGCUGUAUUUCUUAACUUUUUAAAUAUAUAAGCAGUCGCUUUAGAAACUACAAUGUUCUAUUUCUUUUCAGCGAUAAUUAUUUAUGGUUUUAAUUCUUGCAGACAAAUGCUAAUGUUGUAAAAGGCCGAUUUCAAGUAAGCAAAGAGAUGGCGCUGGAGUUUGCUGCUCUGAUGGCUCAGGUAAUUAACUUUUCUUUUUACCGUCUUUGUGCAUAAUGGUUAGUAUUUUCUCUCUUUUUGUUAAAAGAAGCUUAGGAUUGAGGGUGAACAUAAAGGGCGAUCGCGUAGGUGGGCGUUCGAUUUUCAAUACGGUAUUCUGUUCAUAAAAAACCUGAACGAAUUACAGCACUCACGCUGCUUUGGAGGCUUUAUAGGAGCUUUAAGAGAGGCACCUGUAUAUCGACUGUUUUCUUCAGUUUAUGUCUGAUCAUGAUAUAACGUUUGAUUUUAGAUCACUUACGGUGACUACAGAGCUCAUACAAAUUCGCUACCAAGCACGAGAAUUGAAAUGGUUAUCUCUCAGUUUUGUGCGAAGACGUUGAAAGAAGAAACUGGCAAGCGGUAAGAAAUUAUUCAACGUUAGUGAUUGAUUCAUAGUUCGUGUUUCGAUACCGAGAUCAGCCGGACUUUCUUGUUUACCAGUGUUUCACUGUUGCUAAAGGCCUUUUUGUUUUUGUUCCGGAUUUUCCUCUUUUUUGCGGACUAUCCUUCAGUUUCUGGUCAGUUAGGUUCUGUGGGCUUGUUUCCUAUUAUUUUUCCUUUUCUCUGCUCUCUGGCCGUUUCACCCGGUCUCCUUCUUGAACCUUUCCCCUUGUUUGUGUUGCCUUUCCUUUUUGUACGAACCUUUCCGCUGUCCUGUGGGAUUUAUCGCCCGGUGACGCAUUUUUGACAAAAGAUUUAUUUUCUUUCUUUGUCAGAUCGCUAACUUUGCGUAUGGCCGAGAAGUGGUCGACACUGCAUGGCUGGAACCAAAGGGAGUGUGUUGAUAGGUAUCUGGAGAAUGCACGCAGAUGGCCGUUUUUUGGCUGCAAGUUAUUCCAGGCACAGGUAUAAGAGAAAAAACCACCUUCUUAUGGUUGUAAAGUAAAGGAAGGUUUUCAUUUGAUCGCACCCAUAAAACAGAUCCCUGUACUUUUUUUAGCAGUCGUAGCGAUUCAAAUGGAUGUGCUACCAAAAAACUAGCGGGCGCAAAAGCGUUGAACCUGUGAAAUUCAGUGUGCUCAGCAUAGCCAUUGUGGUUGGCUUUAAAAUGAAACACCUUUUCUUGACCUUUUUUCGCUCAGUCAGAAAUUGAACUACAACUAUGUUACUUAAUUUUAACCUUUGCCUUUCAUCAAGUAAUAAUUGGGUCAUUCCCUACUCCAGAAACUAUAAGGAGAAUGGGUACAAGCUUUCGGCGUAACCAUUUCUGGGAUAGUUUGAGCGGAUAAGCGUUACAUAUGAUUGGUUAGUGGUUGUCUUAGAUACCAUCGACCAAUCAUAAUUAACGCUUGUCCACCAAAACAAUCCCAGAAAUCGUUGCGCGGAAAUCUUUUACCCAUGGCUCUUAUAGUUUUGGAGUGGAGAAUUGGGUUAUAUGCCUUUUAUGAACGGCACUGACAGAUUGUCUCUUCGUUAACAGCAAAAGCAUACAGUUUCAGCUGCUAAAAAGCGAGGACCUCAAACAGAGAGUAGCCAGCCGGUUUGGCUAGCAGUGGAGGAGGAUAGCAUUAGUAUACUGGAAGGGCAAAGCUUGGUAAGUCUGUUGUUAGUUCGUUAUUUACCAAGAACGGUCUGAAAUAGUCCUGUUCAUUCACUUAAAUACAAAUGGACAACUAGCUUUAAUUUUCUGCCGAUAAAUGUCGCUCUUCGUAAUGAAAUGAUCGUGGUAGGAGUGAGGACACAAGAACUUUGAGUGAACGAGUGUUUCGUCUGGCGACCUUGUGGUAGAACACCACGAUCACCCACUCAGGAAAAGAAAAAUAGAUUUGCUUUCUUCAUCCUGCUUAGCUACAAUCAAUUACGAAAAGGCUCGAAGGAUUCCUGGAUCGUAGUCAAAAAUUAUGAGACAACUUUGAACCGGGUAGAAGGGAGAGAUUCACUUGUAUUCGUGAGAUUUCUUCUUAGAAACUGUAUGCCUGAACUUUGAAAAACUACCCUGAAAUAUAAGAACCUGUUCAGCCUGACCUCGAAAAUUCUAGGUUCUCAUAUGCGGGAUUUUACUGUACUGGCCUUCAGUUUGUGUGUUGAUUUUUUUUCAGCGCUUGAUGUGUCGGUACCGGUAUAAAUCAGUAGUGACGUUUGGAGGAUGGAAAGAUGACUUCAUGUUAGUGGUGAACCAGUCCAUCAUGCGUGGCGGCGCUACAGUAGAGCAAGGAACACAGAGACUAUUGUUUGUGAUGUCAAGAGAAAAGGUAACGGUUUGCAGCUCAUUAAAUACAGCCAGCUCAACUCUGUCUAAAAUAAACACUCUUGGGACCGUAUGAGUGUCCUUUGCAAGGUUGUGUCAGACUAUUUGAUAUUUAAAACUAUUCCACGAGUGCGCGUUGGAUAUGAGUUGGCUUUAAUCAUCUCGUAUCCAACAAGCACGAGUGGAAUAAUUGUGUUAUUAAAACUCCACAAAAUAUCGAGAAUUAUUUCCGACCUACGCGCCUCGUUGGCUAUGUAUCAUCUCAUAUCCAACGCGCCCUCGUGGAAUAAUUGUUAAAUAUACCAUGAUGGCUAAGCCAAUCAGAGCUCUAGAAUUGCAUUAUACAAUGAUUGAGUUUUUAGUAAUGUCAGUUAUACCCGUGUGUUAGCCUGCGUGCGGACGUCUCCCCAGUGUUUCCUUUGAUAGACGUCUGUACGCAGGCUAUCCACCGUCUGUGAGUCGUCGCUCAAAGAUCAACUCAUAAGGCACGUCAGUCUCGUACUGUUCUUCAAUGUUUGUGGCGAAUCAAGCAAAUCCGUAUUUUGAGAAAAAUGAAGGCGUCUACCGGAGAAGUCUGAUUGGCGCCCUCUCUUCUUGUGUCGUGUGAUACCCCUUGAAGGCGUGAAGAACAAUAAAAGAUUGCUCGUAAAGGGAGAGGCUUCUCUCCCGGUUCGUCUUCUACUAUUUUGCUGUCUUCCGUCUCAACGUUACAGCUUGCUCCUUUCCACUCACUGAAAACGGACUGUAAGAUGUACUUCCGGCAGCUAUGGCAAUAUGUCGUUAACAUGUUGAAGCCUUCUUUUGAUGGAGACGUUCUUAUCAUUGCAGAUUCUUGAAAUCACUCUUCUCAUGGCGAGUUACAUCAACGCUAUCAUACGACAAAAGGGUAUAACUUGUAACGUCAAUGAAACCGGGCCGGCUAGCAAACAAGGGAUGGAGGUGAAGGUCUGGGACCUAGAGAGUGCCGAGUGGCCCAUAGUGCCAGGCUCCACAGUUGGUCUUCUUUGACGUCACUGAAUACUUUAUUUUUAGUACAAAAAGAAGUAAUGUUUUGUUAGUUGUUUUUAUUGUUGACACAUUGUAGAUUUCUUUUAAAAGCUACGCCGAUUUUAUGCUUUAAUGUUUAUAAACUUUUAGGGUCAGUUACAUAAACGGAAUUCAGCCAGUGCUUAACAAAAGCCCGUUCUAAGAGAUUUUCAGUUUGCCGAAUGUUUUUGCUUAACACCAUUUAUUGUGAAGAGUUUCAUGAAAGCAUAUGACUUACACGAGACAAGCAUUUGUCUUCUUAAAUUGAACUACUAAGGAAGAGAUCUGAAGGUCCAAAGACUUGCUAAACCGCGGUGUAAGUUAGAAUUCGUUUAAAUAACUGACCCUUAGUGUCUGUGAUGUGAUAAUGGGGAUAUUGUAGACCUUAUUAGCAGCCGUUGAUCAGAGAAUGAGCCCGCACUCGUCUCUUCUCGGGGAAGAAUAAGAUCGGACCUGAAGGAGCGACGGGUAUUGAGCCUAGGGGUAAUUUUUGAGAGGAAAAAGGAAGGCAAUUUCAACUUCGUAGGAAGGCAACUUCCACCUGAAGUCUACCAUGCUGCGACGAAAAACUCGUGUUUCUUAUCAGAAACUGCAUCCUUUUGGCUUUGAAAUUGCUCUCUUUUUACUUCAUCAGCUAAGGAAUCGCCAAGUAAGAAACUUUGCACCCCUUUUGGUUUUGCUGUCAUUUACAUAUCUGCUGGAAAAAAGUUGUAAAUUAUUGAAAUUCCUUGGAUUAUACUGAGAUGUUGAACAUCGUGAGACCAGAUGACUGCUACAGUAAAACCCCUCUUUACGGACAUCUAAUUCUAUUACGGACAGUUUGGGUUGUCCCUGAGGAAAGAAAGCCCUUACCCCGUUGACACGGGCGCUUUCUAUGGCCCCCUCGGUGACCGUUUUAGGGGCGUUUUACUGUACUUUUUACUCCAGGCCCUUGUGUUACACUAUGGGGAGCAGUCUUAGUAAACAUUUGUUGUUUCUAGUCGGACCUACGGCCUCUUUUUUCCCCGUCAUUAACUCUGUUAUAUGGGGAUUGGUUUCUCGAUAGUUGUAGUAUUUAUCUGUACUGAUUCAUUUGAAUAACCGUAUGUAAAAAUGUAAAUUUGACGUGGGUUAUUUGGCCUCAACAAGUCGUAUGAGAGUAUUGAGGGCCACCCACUACUCGUUAGUGAGAGUAUAUGAUGUUGGAGCCAAGCUCGUUGUAAAGAAUUGUCGAACUUCAGUUGAUACAUUUCACUGAAAUGAAGAGUGUAGUUAGGAAAUUAAGCAAUAGUUUGCCGAAAAAGUUGAUUUUAUUUUUAAGAAAAUAUUGAUUUCAAAUCUAAACAAUAUCGCUAUAGUUAGUAUAGGGGUAGAUAUGAGAUAUAUGUACCAUAAGAGUGAACAGUGUUUUUCGCGCUUCUUUUCGCCUCUUCUUGUCGCACUUUCUUAAAAUAGACAAUAGAGUAUAUAAAAGUGGGCGAAAUCGAUCGCGAAAAGGUGAAUUUUUAAGUCCAGACAACCUACAAGGUGACUGCAACUACCCUGCCCAAGAAGCAAUAGGUUUAAUGGCAACUCUGCACUUGCCUCACGUUAAUUUUUGUACAUUUCUUUGCCGUCACUGCAUGACUACGGUGUGAAACGUCCUAAUGCAACGUUUUCAUGGAGAACGUGAACACGGAACACCAACUUUUCCUCUCUCUUUCUUUUGUUCGAUGGUUUGAGCUAGCUGGAAUUAUCGGGAUAAAAUUUAAUGCUCUUUCUACUGCUGUAGUCGCCGUUGUGGUUGCUUAAGCCUUCUAAAUAUUCACCUUAGCUCAGAAUAAAUCUACUUGAGAAGGCUAUAAAUGUAAGAGAAUUAUGUUAAGAAAUUAUUCCUUUCUGCUGUGGAAAUUAAAAGAAGGCUCUAGUUCGUCUGAAAUAGUUCUUAUCAUAUCAGAUAAUAAUCUAUACCUUUUUUAAAUAAUCACUGCCCGACGCUAAUUUUGUUUGCAUCAUUUGUGGCAUAAAUCUUAAGUUACUGCAAAGAACAUAUCGAUAUUGAUGAAAUCUAAUAGCCCAGUUGUGUUUAUUAUUAAUAUUUUAGUGCCGUUGAACUUCGGAGAUGUAUUAACUGUGUAACAGAACUGAAAAAAUACUUUUAUCUGGGCGGAGUUAUUUUCUGUUUGAUCCCUGAUCAGUAAGUGUUUCCUCUUUUUCCCGUAAGAGAAGUUUGCAAGUACUCGGCAAGUCUUAAGUAUACCUCAGGAAAAUAGACCCUUACACGGCAGUUUUUUGUUUUUCAAGUUUUGUUAAAGAACAGUAAUCAAAUAUCCAUCUACACUGCUGUAAAGAGCGCCUUAAAAUUAGGCAACUUACUAAGUUUGAGUCGUGUUGACAGAUUUUCACUUACUGGUCUCCGUCA